CAAGAGUCUAAUUUCUGGUCCCACCAAUCCGUACACGUAGGUCCAGACCUCACCUCCCAUCUGCCAUGCCUUCCAGUCAGUUAAACUGCCUGGCUCCGCCCCCAGACAGCCUGGCUCGCACAAACAGCAGUAGCGGUCUAUAGCUCGGUGUAGCGGUCGGGAGAGUAAAUAGAGAAAGCCCCAAGAUGGCGGAGUCACUGAGCUUCAUUCACUUUGGUGCAGCGGCCAAAAGCCCGCUCGCGCAACCGAAGGAACCGAAAGGAGAGUCUGACACCCGACCGCCCUCUGCCCGAGACCAUCAUCCGCCGCCGGCGAAGCGCGUACGAAACGACGAAAAGAGCCUUAAACCCAAGAAACUAAACGGGGACGGUGGCGGAGCGGGAAGUGGCGGCGCAGUGGAGAAGCAACACCAGAAGCAGAGUUAUGGCCAUCCAACAACAUGGAGCUUCAGCCCCGUCAAGGCUGGCAGCAACCCCUCUGCGCCUCUCCAACCUCCCAUUCACAAAGUGUUCAAGCAGAACGCUUUCCUCGCUUCUCCUCCCAAACCACCACUAUCCAAAAAGACUAAGGAUAAACGAGAAAAAGAGGCGGAUUUCAAAGAAAAGAAGAAACAUAAACCGAUCCCUGGUACUCCUGGAAAUAAUAUAAGCAGCGGUCUGAGUAACGUUACUUCUGGAAUUAAGAAGGAGAACGGGGAGAUGAAGUUGGUGCAGAAAGACCAAAACAGCAAAGACAAACCCAAGGAGAGAGAGAAGAAGAAGAAAGAGAAGGAGAAGAAGAAGGAGAGAGAGAAGAAGAAACACAAAGUGAUGAAAGAGAUUAAGAGGGAAAACGGAGUGGUGCAGAUGCUUCUGAAAGGUGACAAGGAAAAACCCCAAAUAAACUCUGAGGAGCUGCAGAUCAAAAAGGUGAAGAAGAAAAAGAAGAAGAAACACAAAGAAGGCGAGCGGGAGAAGGAGCGGUGGAGAGGCCCUAGGAUGUACAGCCGGUCCAGCCAGACCACGAGUGCAGGUCCCCUGUCUGAGCUCCACGCCGGCCUUCUCUCCAAACAGCACCAUCACACCGAGUUCAAACCCCCGCUGCCCGUCCACCACCAUCACACCUCCGCCGCUAUCAAGCAGGAGAGGACCUCCGGCAGUCUCUCCCCGACCCUCUCCAGGUCUCUGUGGAGCGGCCUCGGCAGCUUGGACACGGUCUGCCCUCUGAAGUCCGCUCCUCAGACCCCCGGGUUGCAGCCACGGCGCCCCCACCCGGGCUUUGAGAACCUGGAGUUUGCACAGUUUGUCCACGUCGAGGAACAGCCCAACGGCGGCGCUCUGGUGGCCCAUGCCUACUGCGGCGAGCUCUCGGCCCUGUCUCCGGCGGAGAUGCAGAGGUUUGCCCAGGAGUUUGUGACCCUGGCCUUCAGUGAGAACCCGUCCACCCAGGCGGCUCACUACGUGAUGGGCAUCAUUCACGGGGCAGCCUCCUACCUGCCCGACUUCCUGGACUACUUCUCCUGGAAAUUCCCCUCGUCGCCGGUCAAGAUGGAGAUCCUGGGGAAGAAGGACAUAGAGACCACCACCAUGCUCAACUUCCACAAUCAGGUAAAGAGAACGUACAGCCACGGCACGUAUCGAGCCGGGGCCAUGAGGCAGAUCAGUCUGGUGGGGGCCGUGGACGAGGAAGUGGGGGACUACUUCCCGGAGUUCCUCUCCAUGCUGGAGGAGUCGCCUUUCCUAGAGAGGACGUUGCCAUGGGGAACGUUUUCCAGCCUGAAGCUGAAGUGUCCGACGGAGAGUGACGACGGGCCCAUUAUGUGGGUGCGACCCGGGGAACAGAUGAUACCCGUCGCCGACAUGCCAAAGUCCCCCUACAAAAGGAGAAGGUCAACCAAUGAGAUCAGGAACCUGCAGUACCUACCUCGGUCCAGCGAGCCUCGUGAGAUGCUGUUCGACGACCGGACGAGGGCCCACGCUGACCACAUCGGCCAGGGCUUCGAGCGGCAGACGACCGCGGCCGUUGGGGUGCUCAAGGCUGUGCGCUGCGGAGAGGGCGCCGUGCCCCCCCGCAUUACCAAAGACGUCAUCUGUUUCCACGCCGCGGACUUCCCCAGUGUGGUGCAUCGGCUACAGCUGGACCUGCACGAGCCGCCCCUCUCCCAGUGCGUGCAGUGGGUGGACGAUGCCAAGCUGAACCAGCUGAGGCGCGAGGGCAUCCGCUACGCCCGCAUUCAGCUCUACGACAACGACAUCUACUACAUCCCCCGCGGCGUGGUGCACCAGUUCAAGACCGUAUCAGCCGUUUGCAGCCUGGCGUGGCACAUCCGCUUAAAACAGUAUCACCUCCAACCGGCGGCUGAGGAAGAGGGGGGUGACGAAGGGGAGAGGAAGGUGGAUGGUUCAUCGCUACCGGUCAAACAGGAGGAGUUUGGGGAGGCCCUGAUUGGGGAGAACCCUGCUCAAAUCACGGACUCCAAACCUACACCCCCCAAAGACAGAGAGGGGGAAGUAGACGUGGCGCGCCCGGAGGUCAAAGUUCAGCCUCAACCUGCUGAAAGAAGGCCUCCCAAGCCCCUUAAAUCCUCCAAGGAUACGCAGCCCAAAUCACACCACCUUCAUCCUCACCACCACCAUCACCACCACCAUCAUCAUCAUCACUCUGAAUCACAUAGGACCACUUCCACUUCUACCCACUCUUCCUCGUCCUCCUCUUCAUCCCUCAAACCUAGCCCGUCUUCCUCUCGUACUCCCUCUCCCAAACCUAGCCCCACUUCUACCCACUCUUCCUCGUCCUCCUCUUCCUCCUUCAAACCGAGCCCGUCGUCCUCCCGUACCCCCAGCCCCUCGUCCUCAUGCAAGCCCGGCCUCAACCCGUCGCCCAACCUUACCCACGCCCCCUUUUCAACACCUGCCACCGCACCCCGGCCACCGUCUUCUUUGCGACCGGCCUCCGGUCUCACGGAUAGCGGGAACCCUCAGGCCCAGCCUCAGCGCAGGCCAGACAGACAUAAGGACAAAAACCCACGGCUCCACCCAGAGACCCCGCCCAUCCCCACGGACCCUUGGUUGUCCAGCCCGACACCCCGUCCCCACCAGCACCACCUGCAUGAGCAGCAGAAAGAUGUUUUAUACUGAACCUGGGUCUGUACAUAGUGUUUUUAAAUCGGCUCUUUUUUCCCCCUCAUGUUUUUAUUUGGGUUCUGUCUUAUUAUAUUCUGAAGAGGAGGAAGAGAAAUGUGAUAAAGGCAGAAAGUACCGUGUUUAUGAUACAGAAGCCUGCCAA